AACCCGGGGGGGGAUCAGACACAAAGAGGCUGCGGAGGAUCCUGUCACAGUUGCUGUGUUCCCGGUGCGGGGGGGUCCCUGUGUUCGUUUGGGGGGGGGGUCUUAGUGUCCGGAUUGGUUGCCCAGGAGGAAGUGGAACACUACACCGGCAGGUCACACCGGGCCCCGGAACUCACCGUUCCCUCGCAGCGCGCACCCGCGGCCCAGCAUGGGGAGGAGUCAAAAGGAAGCGCGCACUGAGGUGACAUCACCCCGAAUCUGUGAGAGGAACCCCCAGCCCUAGAUUACUGCUAGAAUAACACUACAUUUGGCCCAGACUAUUUGACUUAUACCAUAUAUAUAUAUAUAUAUAUAUAUGUAUACAACAGUGACGGGCUUUACUGCACUAAAACCCCAUUAUACCCCAACAUAACAAUUGUGUAGCCCUAGAACAGCUUUACUCCAGCACAUGUUCCUGCACUAGCCAUUACUGGGACUACUUCCUAAAUCACCACGCCUCCAUUUAUACUUCUUCCACCCCAAGAGUCAACUCCAGGCAAACAUCCCAUUUGUACACUUUUAUUCAGUACAGGGUGCAGGUAUUGAAUAUUAAUCCUGUAUAUUCACCUUAUUUAAACCCUGGGGCCACACAUCAAUAUACAGCUCCAGUUAGCUGGUAUGGUGCUUUCCUCUAAUUUACUCCUAAGAAUAUACACUUUUAACAAGAUGGCAUGACUUUUCUGUUGAAGGUUCAUCCAACCAACCCCCUUGAAGUUGACCAUAAUUGAAAUGACUCAAAAUCCCUCCACACAACUUUAAACUAUUGCAGUAGAGAAGAUAGUCCCAACAUCCGUGCUUAAUGGGAAAUUUCCCAUAAAAAUCGACAACUGACCAAUUUGUUUAUAUGCAGGAUUUCACCUGUUUUGAACUAUGGUGUUAAACCUUUUUUAGUAUACAAUUUAAGUUCAAUAUUGAGAGUACGGUACAAUAUGGAGCGUGUGGCAGAGGCUUGUGGCCCUUCAUAUUACACUUACCAGGUGAGCCAGCACAGCUUAGAUGUUCUUCAGCAGUUGAAUCAACAACGCAGGAGUGGGGGACGUUUUUGUGAUGUGGUACUACGUGUUGGGGAGGACAGUUUUCCAGCUCAUCGUGCUGUGUUAGCUGCCUGCAGCCAGUAUUUUGAGUCGGUGUUGGGUGAUGCAGAGGGACCUACUCCCCGAGAACUGGAGAUGCACACCAUCAGCUCUAAGGUGUUUGGUGACAUCCUUGAUUUUGCAUACACGGCACGAAUAGUGAUCCGACUAGAAAGUUUUCCUGAGCUUAUGACUGCUGCCAAAUUCCUACUUAUGCACUCAGUCAUUGACAUUUGCCAGGAGGUGAUCAAGCAGUCUAAUGUGCAGAUCCUUGUCCCUCCUGCACGACCAGACAUAAUGCUGUUCAGGACAGGAUCUUCAGAUAUUGGCUUUCCAUUGGACAUGAGUAACGGGACAGUUUUGGGCAGCUCAGGCAUUGCUGGCUCUCUUGGUGAAGAAGAGGAGGACUCAGUGCGACCAGGACCAGCUGUGCCAAGCCAGGCCUCCCUUUUAGCUCUUGGAGGAUGUCCACAGAUUUUGCCAACAUACCAGUUGGGAGGUCAGACUCUUGGAGGCAAAAGAGGUCGGGGAAGACCAAGAAAGCCAAGUGUCUUGGAUUCAGUGCUUUUGAGUGCUGUUGGUGGACUCCGAGAGGGUGGGGUGCUGCCUUGUGGACUUUGUGACAAGGUUUUCACUGACCCUCUGCGUUUGCGACAGCAUGAGGCUCAGCAUGGAGUUACCAGCCUGCAGUUGGGUUAUGGGGAUCUGCAGGCUUCUCGACUGGGUGAGAAUGGACUGGGUCAAGAAGAACCAGGAGUGCCAAGAAAGAGGAACCGUGUAAGGAAACAGGUGUCUUGUGAUCUAUGUGGGAAGAUUUUCAGGGAUGUGUAUCACCUGAACCGACACAAAUUAUCUCAUUCGGGAGAGAAGCCAUAUUCUUGCCCUGUAUGCGGCCUGCGUUUUAAACGCAAAGAUAGGAUGUCCUACCACGUUCGCUCACAUGAUGGUUCAGUUGGAAAGCCAUAUAUUUGCCAGAGUUGCGGGAAGGGGUUCUCCAGGCCGGACCACCUUAAUGGGCAUAUUAAACAGGUUCAUACAUCAGAGAGACCCCACAAGUGUGAGAAAACUACAGAAGGAAUGUCCAAUGAUGUGCGCAAUGAGCUGGAGAAAGGAGGAGGACAGACAUGUAAUGCUUCAUUCGCCACACGUGACCGGCUUCGCUCACACUUGGCUUGUCACGAGGACAAAGUGCCAUGUCAGGUGUGCGGGAAAUACCUGAGGGCUGCUUAUAUGGUUGAUCAUCUGAAGAAACACAGCGAGGGGCCCAGCAACUUCUGCAGCAUCUGUAACCGAGGUUUCUCCUCUGCCUCCUACUUAAAGGUGCAUGUUAAAACCCAUCAUGGUGGCCUCCACAGCACUGGCUCUCGGAGGCCGGAGUCCGUCCCCAACGGGGCAGCGCUCUUCCACUGUGUCAGGACCUGUGGCGUGAAAGAAGGAGUGAAGUGCCCGCAUGGAGAACAGGAGAGCUCUGAUUCUUAUGGUGACCUUUCUGAAAGCAGUGAUCUCAAAUCCAGAGAAAAGCAAAAUGCAAAUGGAUCCUACACAGCAUGUGACCUGGUGAUUCCUAAGAAAAGUGAAGCUGAGCCUGAAAAGCGAUACCCUUGCACAGAAUGUGGCAGCUUUUUCCGGUCCAAAGCCUAUCUUAAUAAGCACAUCCACAAAGUGCAUGCCCGACCAUUGGGGGCUGGGCUUGGAGACUUGGGGCCUGCACUUGGCCCCACCUUUGGGCCCACCUUUGGCCCCUCAUUGGGUCCUGCUUUAGGGCCCACCCUUGGCCCUGCUUUAGGUGCAUCACUUGGGCCAGCUCUAGGGUCUGCUUUGGCUUCUCCUUUCUCCCCUCAACAGAACAUGUCACUGCUUGAAUCGUUUGGCUUUCAGAUUGUUCAGUCUGCUUUUGCAUCAUCUCUUGUGGAUCCUGAGGGGGAACAGCAGGGGAUGAGCACAGAGAGAAAGUAACACAUCACAAUGGAUGCGGAGAAGAAACAGCAGGGACUGCAGAGAAACCUUUUGAGAAGGAGCACGAGGGCAUACUGACAUAGAAUAAUCAUGUACAAUAGGUAUUUGAUAAGGGGGACAUCCCGAAGCCUUGUAAUGCGUUUAAGGAAAAAAAGUGAGCAGGAAGAGGACGCCACAAGAGAAUCUUUCAGAGCAGGUGUGUCCUGACCUUCACAUGUGUAAUUGAUGAUGGUAGGGAGGAUUUUUUUUUCUAUAUUCAUUAGCUAGUUUCAAUUCUAAUGUGCCUCCGCUCUACCCUCUGAACUCUUUAAGUAAGGUGAGGUUUCUGAAAAGAAGUUGAGAAUAUAAGAAUUAAGUAUUUUUUUCCCAAAACCUCCAGAAGCUUCUCCUAGUAAUUUGGAAUGAAAUGUUUGAUUUCCAUUCAUAGCCAGUAUGUGAUUCCAAAAUGACUUUGCAUAUCGGCAACUCCAUACUAGUGCAGAACCCAUGUGGUUUAGGUGUCUGUGUGUGGGCACAUAAAUAUUUUGUACUGUACUUUGCUGGAGAUUGAUAGUAAUCCUGGACAUACCAGCUUGUACUGUAAUAAACACAACAAUGUGCUAAGUAGCUCUGUGCUGCAUUUAGAGAAUAAUGAAAGGAGAAAAUGAGUAAAGAAGUCAGUUUGUUAAGAAGCCUUCUUUCAACUGUAAUAGAAAUUCAGAGUAAUAAAAUGAAGUGUAUG